GGUACUACCUCCUCCACCAUUUACAUCAAUUAAUCUGCAGAUCCUGCAGGUCAAUUACAAAUUUAGACUGUUUUCGAUCACUAAGGAGUAAUGGCAGCAGAGGCUAUUGUGUCAUUGGCUGUUGAAAGAAUCUCCGAUUUACUCAUCCAUGAAGCACUUUUCCUCAAAGGUGUGAAAGAACAGGUUGAGAGCCUAAAGGACGAACUAAAGCGUAUGCAGUGUUUCUUGGAGGACGUUGAUCUUCGGCCGGAACAAGACAAGCGUCUCCGUAAUCGGGUAUCGGAAAUCAGAGAUCUCGCUCACGAUGCUGAAGAUGUCAUCGACUCUUUUAUCCUUAAAGGCAUUCACCUCCAUCAAGGUGAUUUUCAUGGAGUUGUCAAGAGAUUCACCUCGAUUUUCACCAAGCCUUUUCAUCAACACAAAAUCGGAGUGCAGAUCAAAGCAAUCCAGACCAAGCUUAAAAGCAUUUGCGAGACUCUUCCAGCCUAUGAGAUAUCUGGUGAUGGAGCAGGAUCUAGCUCUGUUUCCAGUAUGCAGCAGCGGUUAAGAAAGACAUUCUCUCAUGUUGAGCAAGAGGAUAUCGUUAGCUUGGAGGUUAGCACCAAGGAUGUUGUGGCGCAGUUGAUGACAGAAGAAGACAGACUCCAUGCCGUUGUCUCGAUUGUUGGCAUGGGGGGCAUCGGAAAGACUACUCUUGCCAGAAAAGUAUACAAUCACGUCGAUGUGAAGUGGCGUUUUGAUUGCUUGGCUUGGGUUUCUAUAUCUCAACAAUGUAAACCAAGAGAAGUUUUGCAUGAUGUCCUGAUGAAGAUUCAACCUGGAGGAGAAUCAAUUGACAAAUUGAAUGAAAAUCAGAUGAUUAGAAGUCUUUCAGAUGUUUUGAAAGAAAAGCGAUACUUGGUGGUCUUCGAUGAUGUUUGGAGAAACGAGCAAUGGGACAUUUUGAAACCUGCUUUUCCACGAGGAAAAAAAGGAAGCAAAAUUCUAUUCACAACACGCAACAAGGAUGUGGCUUUACAUGCGGAUCCUUACAACUCUCCAAUCGAGCUCCCACUCCUUUCAGACGAUGAAAGUUGGAAUCUUUUGAGUAGGAAAGCAUUCCCACGAAACCAGAUGAACUCUACUGUCUGCUCCAAAGAAUUUGAGAAGCUCGGAAGGGAGAUGGUGAAAAAAUGUGGAGGUCUACCUCUAGCAAUUGUUGUGUUGGGAGGAUUGCUAGCAACUAAACAGACACAGGGUCAAUGGGAGAUGGUUCACAGGAACAUCUUACAAGGACCCUUGAAAGGGUUCCAAUCACAAGGCCAUCCAUAUGGUGCAGUGAAUGCAAUCUUGGCUUUAAGCUACAAUGAUUUGCCUUAUCAUUUAAAACCAUGCUUUCUAUAUCUUGGUCAUUAUCCAGAAGAUUGGGAGAUAUCAAAGAAAGAACUCAUUCGGUUAUGGAUUGCUGAAGGCUUCAUUUCACCAUCACUAGAAAGCAGGGAAAUGCUGAUGGAGGAUGUGGGCGAACAAAUCUUCGAAGAGCUUAUGAAUAGAAGUUUGGUUCAACUCAGCAGGCGAGACUAUACAGGGACAAAUGUGAAAACAUGUCGGCUACAUGAUCUCUUGAGGGACUUGUGCAUAGAUAAAGCAAGAGAGGAGAAUUUUUUGGAAAUUGUUCAGCCACCAUGGACUGAAUCCGAUGAAUCUGAUGUGACUCUGGCAAAAUCUAUGCUGCGAAGAAUUUCUAUUCAUCCUACCAAAAGGUAUGUUUGUUUAAAGGGAGAACAUAAGAAAUUACGUUCUUUGUUGUUGUUUCAAAAUGAGGAAUUGAUAGAACUGCACAUUUCAAAAUGCCAAAAUUUCAAAUUUUUAAGGGUGUUGACUGUUGUAGCAAAUGCUUUUGUGGAGUGGCAUGUGUCAAGUGAAAUCGGUAAUCUCCAUCAUUUGAGGUAUUUGAGGCUAUACGGUGAUACAAUAAUGUUUCCCCGGGCUAUCAGAAGGUUGAAGAGUUUACACACUUUAUACCUCCAAUAUGAUAUAGGGAUUGCAAUUCCUGAUGUUGUAUUCGAGUUGGAACGUUUGAGGCAUAUUGUAUUGCGUUGUCGGUUUGGGGUAGGAGAUGAACCGUGCAUGCGCCCAAGGUUGAUUCCAAAAAAUAUUGAAACUUUAGAAUACAUAGGAGUGGAUGAGGAAUUGAUUAAAAACAAGUCACUGCAACGAUCGAGAAAUCUUCAGAGUCUAGGACUGAUAUUCGAGAGAGCAGAAGACGUGAAGCCUAUCCUACUGUCGUUGAUGGAAUUACAACGCCUUGCAUCAUUGUACAUCAAGUUUAAAAGAGGUUUAACCCCAUCGUAUCCAGAAUUGGAACCUCUUUCUCAGUGUCAUCGUCUCUCUAAACUAAAGUUGGACGGGAAGAUAAAAGAUCCACAAGGGAGCCAUCAUGUUUUGAAAUUUCUUCCACCAAGCAUCAUCAAGUUAAAUUUGUCAGAUUGUUGGAUGAGUCAGGAUCCAAUGGUUGUAUUGGAAAAGCUGCCUUGUUUGAGGAUUCUUAGAUUACGGUCUCAUGCAUAUGAGGGGAGUAAAAUGAUUUGCUCUGCCAAUGGGUUUCCUCAACUCGAUUCUCUUGAAUUACAGCAUCUAUACUACUUAAAGGAGUGGGAGAUAGAAGAAGGUGCAAUGCCACAUCUCCGGAGUUUAUGGUUGAAGUAUAUUACAACCCUCCAAGAACUUAAAUUAACAGGAUUGUUUGGUAUGGCAGAGAGGAUUGAAGGGAUAGAUGGAAGAGAAGGAGAAGAUUUCUAUAAAGUGCGCCACAUUCCCCACAUCCAAAUAAAUCACGGACAGGGACAAAGUCAGGAUACCAGCUCAACGAGGUAAAGUAUAAUUAAUAGAAAAUGAGGGGCAAAAUCAAAAUUAACUAAAAUUAGGAGGUGUAAUUUAAUAUUUAUCCAU